AUGGAUUCCCUUGAUCUAAAGUUACCCGGUUACAUGGUGUACUGUGUAAUCAUCUCCUGUCUUGGUUCUUUCAGUAACGGUUGGGUUAUUGGCUCUCCCAACGUUCCCGGUGAUAUCACUCAUAAUUGUCCUAACGGUGCUGCUAAGGUUGCUAGUAGCGCUUUCCCUGAUUGUCUUCCUAUGAACACGGGUCUGUGGGGUUUCGCAGUUGCCUCCUUCUGUGUUGGCGGUUUGGUAGGCAGUCUUUUCGGCGGUGGUAUUCAAACAAAAUUCGGUCGUAAAAAGACCAUUAUUUUCAACAACAUUGGUUGGAUCAUUGGCGGUCUCUUAAUUGGUGUUGCUGUCAAUCCUGCUAUGUUCAUCAUCGGUCGUGUUCUCUGCGGUCUUUCUUGUGGUCUCGGUUCUCUUUCUACUCCUACUUAUGUCGGUGAAAUUUCUACUGUCAAAGCGCGUGGUACAAUGGGUACCUGUAACCAAUUUGCCAUUGUAAUCGGCAUUUUGCUUUCUUCCGUUAUUGGUCUUCCUUUAGCCACUGUUCCUCUCUGGCGUAUCAACUAUGCUAUCGUUGCUUUCCCCGCUGUUGCACAAUUCUUCUUAAUGGCUGGUUGUGUCGAAUCGCCUCGUUACCUCAUUUCCGUGAAUCGUCUUGAAGAAGCCAAGGAAAACCUUCAAAGACUUCGUCCUGGUGCUAACAUUGACAAGGAAUUUUACGGUAUGAUCGAAGGUCAACUUGGUACUGCUGCUGCCAAGGCAGCCGUAGGUGAUGUUGAUUUGUACGAUGACAAGAAGGAUGAUAUGUUCAUGGACAUGGAAAGCAACUCUGCUGUUGUCGAUGAAGGAAUGCGUGCUCCUAUGAGCAUGAUGGACAUAUUCAAGGACCCUCUCAUCCGCCGUAUUGCUAUCACCGUUAUCUGUCUUCAUGUUAUCCAACAAUUGAUCGGUAUGAAUGCUGUUAUGUACUACUCCACCACCAUUUUCAACAUGACUUUUGAUGCCAAGAUGUCUAUGUACAUGGCUAUCGUUACCACUGCUGUCAACUUUAUUUCCACCAUCCUAUCUCUGAUCUUGAUUGACCGUAUGGGUCGUCGUCCUCUUCUUAUGAUUGCUGAAAUUGGUGCCUGCAUCUUCUCCGUUCUUUUGAUUAUCGGUUACGUUUUCAACGUGGGUGCUCUUUUGAUCGUUUCUGUCUUUGGUUAUGUUCUUUCCUUUGCUAUUGGCGUUGGUCCCAUUCCUUGGAUGAUGACUUCCGAAUUGACCCCUGUUUACGCUUCUUCUGCUGUCGGCGCUAUUGCCACCGCUGUUAACUGGGCCAUGAACUUCUUAAUCGGUCAGUGUUUCCCUCUUAUCUUUGCUGGUAUUCAAGGCUACUCCUUUGCCAUUUUCGCUGCUAUUGCUCUGAUUGCCGCCGUUUUCACUUUCUUCAGAGUACCUGAAACCAAGGGUCGUCGUCUCGAAGAAAUUGUUCGUAGCUUCGAAAAAUAA